UGAAAAUGAGAGUGAUGCUGACGCCAUUGAAGAUGAGUAAUGAAUACGCCUUAUCAAAUGGAGAUGUUAAUGGCUACAGUAGAUAGAAUAUUGAGCCAGCUUUUAUAAGCACUAAUACCAUCAUGGCAUAGCACAAUUUUCCACUCAGGAAUCAGCUCUUUUUUCAUGCUGCUGUUUGCAAUCAAGAAAUAGUUGAUACUGAUUGUUGUAUAUCAUCAUUCUCCUAGCUAAAUCCCAGGCAUAAACUCAUCAUUCGUAUCAGCUAUAAAUCUUCUCUACUCAUUUUUUUUUUGGAAUAUGGGUUCUUCUUUCUUUGAGAGUCAUACCCAAGAAUGAAUGCAAACUCCUCAGGAAUGAAAAGAGAGGCUUGACCAUAUAUCUCAACUGGUGGCUAAAAAUGAAAAGAAGGUGAGUAAAUUUUUUUAUGAACAUUUCAACGUUUCAGAUCACACUAUGUAAUCCAUCAUCAAGCUAAUAAACAAGAGAAGAGAACAGAUAGUCAUGUAACAGACCAGCUGACUAAUAGAUGAACAAAAGGGUGGCUCAAGAUCAAAAGUGAAAGGGUUUGUUGUCCAAGGCAAUGAAGUUUGGAGUUGGGGUUGCAAUAAUUGGGUUCACCAUUUUCAGUUCUUUCUGGUAGCUGAGUCCUCAAGUUGUGCAGAUGAACAGAAGGGUGGCUCAAGAUCAAAAGUGAAAGGGUUUAUUGUCCAAGGAAAUGAAGUUUGGAGUUGGGGUUGCACUAAUUGGACUCAUCAUUUUCAGCUCUUUGCUGCUUGCUGAAUCAUCAAGUUGUGCAGGUAGACAGUGUUUGAAGUCUGAUCUGCACUCUGAUGCAAAAUCUAAGGAGAGUACUCAUAACCAUUCAUCUGCAGUCGCAAGCAUGUCCCAUCAUGGGAAUGAUAACACAGACAAUGCUGAAAACUCCAUGGAUAUGGAAAAUCAAGGUAUGAGUAGAAAAGCAACAAAGGAGCAGGAGUCUAAAGAAUUUGAGAGUCAGGAUUAUCGUUCAUAUGAUCCUUCUCCUUCUUUCAGACAACCCCCACACAAGUUAAUUCCAAAUCGGUGAAGGAUGAGCACUUAGACAGGAAGACCAGGAUGAUAAAUAUGUAAGAAAAUAGUAUGUAAAAUCAGUUAGUUAUACACAGAGCUUAUAAUAUCUAUGUUUUAUUGUAGAUAUUUUGUAGAGAUGAGGGAAGUGAGUCUCAUCCCCUUUAGAGUUUAGCAGAAACAGUUCCCAUAUUAUAGGGGAUUGUGAGCAGAGAUCAGCAUAUGUAGUAGGAACUAUACACCUGAAACCCUAGAGUUUAUCUUAUAUAGGAUAUAAUGAGUAAAUUUGUUUUCUUUUUAUAUAGUAAUAUGAAGAUUACUCAUAAUUAAUGAUGUGAUUUUGAUGAA